AUGGACCUCAGCUGCUUUUCGCCUGAGCAGCUGAUGGUGCGCGAGUCGAUCAAUAAGAUCUGUUCUGCAUUCCCAGAUGAAUACUGGGCUGAGCGUGAUCGGACGGAGGAAUACCCGCACGAGCUCCAUGCUGCCCUGUCGAAAGAUGGCUGGAUAGGCAUUGCCUUACCAGAGAGUCUGGGCGGUGCCGGCCUGGGCAUAUCCGAGGCCACUAUGAUGCUGCAGACCAUUGCCCAGAGCGGAGCUGGCCUCGCCGGUGCCCAAUCGAUCCAUGCAAAUGUUUAUGCAACCCAGCCAGUUGCAAAGUUCGCUUCGGAAAAACAGAAGAAGAGGAUGCUGCCGCGGCUGAUUGCUGGGGAGUGGAGGACCUGUUUCGGAGUAACCGAACCGAACACAGGCCUGGAAACAUUGAAGCUUCGGACGGUUGCUACAAAAGAUGGGGACUCAUACCGGGUCUCCGGCCAGAAAAUGCAAGCCCCCUGA